AUGUGGAUGCUGCCUGCUAUGGAAAGAGCCGGUGAAGAAACAGUGGCGAGUAACAACAAGUUACAAUUGAAGAGACGAGUGGACGAUGUUCCUUGUAAGCUCGACGAUGGUCAUCAUCAAACGGUGACGGAAUCGGAAGCUGGAAACGAUUCCAUGAGGAGCGAUUGUCCUGGAAGCUCAGCUCACAGGAAUGUAGUAGACAUAAACAAGUCUCCUGAGGAAUCUGCAAAGGUGUCUGUUGAGGAGUUGACAUUGGGAAACUAUAGGAGUAAUACUAUAGAUAGUUCUAGGGCUGGAAAGUUUGAGCAUCUCUAUCGUCUAGCUAGAGGUUCUUCUACGUUUAGGUCAGGAGAUGGGGAUGUUGAUUCCCAGCCUCGGGAUAUGGAUCAAAUGCUGUCGAGAAUCAGGCAGCAGCUCGCCGGAGCUCCUUCCGAGAGGCAAAACCUGAAACCGUUUGCGAGUAGGAGGAGCGAUCAGAAUCUUGAAGCGUUCUCUGAACGGUUGAGAGUAGCUGGGGAGAAGAGUAUUAUGAACGCUCCUGCAUGGAUCAACGAUGGUGUCCAGCUGAAAACUCCGUUGAGCUCUUCGAGUUUCUCUCAGUUGAUACUUAAAAGAGCUAUGAAGGGGAAAGGUGUAGUAGGGAAACACCAGGAGGCUCCUCCUGAGUUUGUCAAUGAGCAAGAUACAGGAAGCAAGGACAAAAAGGUCGAUAAUAAUGUGUCAACUGUAAAGUCAAGCCCGAAAGGAAAUGGGAUUGUUGUAUCGCAUGGUGAUGGGAAUCAUACUAAAGCUUCUUGUGGAAUCAGUUUGAGGGAGUUUCUUAGAUCAAGUUAUGCUAAACGAGAGAGAAGGCAUGGCGUUUUUCUCUUUAGGCAGCUUGUGGAGCUGGUUGACUCAGCUCAUUCACAAGGAUUGUUCUUGCUGGACUUGAGACCGUCCCUUUUCACUUUGGUCCCAUCGAAGAAACUUAGAUAUAUUGGUACCUUUGGAAAGGACGAUUUAGGCUCAGAUGUUGACGAAGAUUUGAAUAGGAAGAGGCCAUUGCUUCAGGAAUCAUCUGUAGUGGGUAGGGAUUUGAAGAAAAGAAAAAUGGACUUGCAUGUGCAUUCUCAAGGGAAUCAACAUCAGGCCAAUUUUAAAAGGAAGAGCCCUGUGAUUGAUUUGAAUGUGGUUGAUGCACGUAAUCCAGACAGUUGUGAGCUUCAACAGCAAAACUAUAUCAAAAAUCUAGGCGUGUCUUCAGCGACGAAAAAACAGUCUAUGUCCACAUGGCUAGAAGAGCAGUGGUACACAUGUCCAGAGGAGAUUAAUGGAGAAGAUAUCGGAGAAAAAUCAAAUAUAUAUGCCCUUGGGGUUCUUCUGUUUGAGUUGCUAUGCCAUUGCGAGUCCAGUGAGAUGCAUGCUGCAAUGAUGGCAGAUUUACGUCAUCGGAUUCUCCCACCUACAUUUCUCUCAAGAUAUCCUAAGGAAGCUGGAUUUUGUCUUUGGCUUCUACAUCCUGAACCCUCCUCCCGACCAACAGCUAGAGAAAUACUGAAGUCUGAGUUGAUAUGCGACGAUGAUUCAGUUAUAUCGUCUGCUGUUGAUGAGGAGAUAUCUGAGCUGUUACUUCAUUUUUUGUCUUCACUACAAGAGCAGAAGCAGAAAAAUGCAUCUAAGCUAUUGCAAGACAUCCAGACCUUGGAUGAUGAUAUUAAGGAGGCUGAGCGAAGAUAUUCUUCAAGCAGUGCAUCUCUUGUGAGAUCUCACGGAGCUAUUGAAAGAAGAGUGCAAUCAUCUCCCUUAGAUGAGCGCUGUACAACUACUUCUGGCUCCUUGUUUGUACCAACCGCUAAUACAGAUAGGCUGAUGAGUAAUAUCCGUCAACUCGAAGAUGCAUAUUUCUUCAUGAGAUCACAAAUGAAGUUAUCCGAUUCUUCUGCUGCUGGUUCUCGUUCUGACAAAAGCCUUCUAAAGGACAAGGACAAGUGGUCUGAAAGCCAAAAUGAGAAUCAGUAUACGAGAACCAAAGGAAAAUCUGGAGACCAACUGGAAGUGUUUUUUGAGGGGUUGUGCAAAUUUGCUCGGUAUAGCAAGUUUGAAACGUGUGGAACAAUAAGAAGUGGAGACCUUUUAAACUCUGCAAGUGUGGUCUGCUCAUUGAGUUUCGACCCUGAUGAGGAACACAUAGCAGCAGCUGGGAUCUCAAAGAAAAUCAAGAUCUUUGACUUCAAUGCGUUUAUGGAUGAAUCUGUGGGUGUUCAUUAUCCACUAGUAGAGAUGGUCAACAAAUCCAAAUUAAGCUGUGUUUGCUGGAAUAGUUACAUCAAAAACUACUUGGCCUCAACUGACUACGAUGGUGUAGUUCAGAUAUGGGAUGCCGGGACUGGACAAGGAUUUUCGCAGUACACAGAACACCAGAAGAGAGCUUGGUCAGUUGAUUUUUCUCCAUCUGACCCGACAAAAUUUGUCAGUGGAAGUGAUGACUGUUCUGUAAAGCUUUGGAGCGUCAAUGAGAAACGGUCAUUAGGAACAAUCUGGAGUCCAGCAAACGUGUGUUGCGUGCAGUUCUCUGCUUAUUCCAAUCACUUAUUGGCAUUCGGUUCAGCUGAUUACAAGGUCUAUUGCUACGAUCUUCGGUAUGUCAAAACUCCUUGGUGCACAUUGGCCGGCCACGAGAAAGCUGUUAGCUACGUUAAGUUUAUGGAUUCAGAGACCAUUGUCUCUGCUUCCACUGAUAACUCUCUCAAGCUUUGGAAUCUUAACAAGACAAAUUCCUCUGGUUUAUCUCCUGGAGCUUGUUCGUUGACGUAUAAAGGACAUACAAAUCAGAAGAAUUUUGUUGGAUUAUCUGUCUUGGAUGGAUACAUAGCCUGUGGUUCAGAGACCAAUGAGGUAUAUAGUUACUAUAGAUCAUUACCGAUGCCGAUGACUUCAUACAAGUUUGGAUCGGUGGAUCCAAUUUCUGGAAACGAGUACUUUGAUGAGAAUGGACAGUUUGUGUCGAGCGUUUGUUGGAGGAAAAAAACAAAUAUGCUUGUAGCUGCAAAUUCUACUGGAAACAUGAAGCUAUUAAAGCUUGUUUGA